GCCCCGCCUGAGAGGUUGAGACCCGCCGGCGCUGGGGACCCGGCGCCAGCCUCGGAGCCUAGGAGUUUUGAGUUGGGGAGGGGGGGAGGGAAAUCGUCGAACGGAGGCCGAGGGAAAUGAGGCGGAGGCCGCCGAGAAGCGAAGAGCCCCGCCCCUCCGCCAUAGCGGCCUCCCAGUGCCGCCUCUUCCUUUACAGCCUCCCGCCCUCCCCUGCCUUCCGGUCGUAGGCCGGGCCAGGCGUCGCCGGCCCCCUCCGGAGUAACCCCUGAGCUGUGGCCCUUUGGGCAGAGGAGAUGCCCAAUCUCUGCUUGGGACUCUUGUCGAAAAGGAAACGGCUGGAACGGGCUUCGGACCCGGGUGGGAGGGCAGAAGGUGGCCCCUGAAGCCGGCGGCCAGCAAGGCCUCUGGUCCCGAGGACCCUGGGUCCGAACAACACCCCUUGCCCCCGAGGAUGUUAGUCUUACCCAGGGCGUCCAGGGCUCCGAUUCAGCAGGUUUUCCUGUCUGCUCAGAUGGGACCCUCCCUGCCCUAAGCAUACAACAGCAGGCGCUGUCACCUGACAAGUACUGAGCUUGGAGUUGGGAAAUCCUGGCUCUGAAAGAGCGCAUCCGCUUUGGCAGGAGUGAGGGCUGGUGGAAAGACUGAUGUUUCGGACAGAAAAAAAAAAAAAAAAAAGACAUUCUCCUUAAAUAUAUCCUUGGGUGUGCCUCUUGAUACUAGUGAGCCUCAGUUUCCACAUCUGUAAAAUGGCGAUGGUAAUUAGGUUCUAAUGAGCUCUCUGUGUAAAAACUCUGGAGAGUUUUUAUUACUCACUUACCUGGGGCAUAUUUAUCUCAAGGGAAAAGAGAGUAAAACUAGUUGCUCUGCUACACGUCUUCUGUGGUCGCUGGGUCUAGAGCUUGAGUCUGGAGAGACGAAAGGAAGAAUGGAAGCCUGGUGAAGAGGCAGAGAAGCCUGAGGGAGCUCAGCCCUGGCAGCAGGCCCCCUGAGUUCCUGGUGGUGAGAGGAUGUGGCCCCUGGACCCAUCCCGGAAAGAGGUCCUGGGGUUUGCAGUCAGCUGCCGUGUCCUGACUCUGGCGCUGCAGGCUCUCUUCAACGCCAUCAUCCCAGACCAUCGUGCAGAAGCCUUCUCUCCUCCUCGCCUCGCCCCCUCUGGCUCUGCAGACCAACUCGUGGAAGGUCUUCUGGGUGGCCUGUCUCACUGGGACGCUGAACACUUCCUGUUCAUUGCCGAGCAUGGCUACCUGUAUGAGCACAACUUUGCCUUCUUCCCUGGUUUCCCGCUGGUCCUGUUGCUGGGGGCUGAAUUGCUGAGACCCCUGUGGGGGUUGCUGAACCUACGGAGUUGCUUGCUCAUCUCAGUAGCUCUGCUCAAUUCCUUGUUUUCCGCGCUAGCUGCACUUGCACUUCAUGACCUGGGCUGUUUGGUUUUGCACUGUCCCCGCCAGGCCUUUUAUGGAGCGCUGCUCUUCUGCCUCAGCCCCGCCAAUGUCUUCCUGACUGCUGGCUACUCAGAAGCUCUAUUUGCUCUCCUGACAUUCAGCGCCAUGGGGCAGCUGGAAAGGGGCCAAAGCUGGACUAGUGGACUCUUUUUCGCCCUUGCCACUGGUGUACGCUCCAAUGGGCUAGUCAACAUUGGCUUCCUCAUACAUUCUCAGUGCCAAGGCUUUUUCUCAUCUCUCACGGUGCAGAAUGCUCUGAGACAGCUCUUGAAGCUGAUGGGCUCUGUGUUCCUAUCAGUGUUCACACUCGGCCUUCCCUUUGCCCUCUUUCAGUAUUAUGCCUAUACCCAGUUCUGUCUGCCAGGCUCAGCCCACCCCAUUCCUCAGCCCUUGCUGCAACUAGCUGUAGACCAGGGCUACCGAACUGCGGAGGGAAACAAGCCACCUUGGUGCUCCUGGGAACUUCCCCUAAUAUACAGCUACAUCCAGGAUGUCUAUUGGAAUGUUGGCUUUUUGAGAUACUAUGAACUCAAGCAGGUGCCCAAUUUUCUACUGGCUGCACCGAUGGCUAUAUUGGUUGCCUGGGCAACUUGGACAUAUGUGACCACCCACCCUUGGCUCUUCCUUACACUUGGGAUGCAAAGGAGCAAGAACAAAAGGACCCUAGAGAAGCCUGAACCUGGAUUCCUCAGUCCUCGGGUGUUUGUGUACCUGGUCCACGCUGCAGCGCUGCUGCUGUUUGGCAGUCUAUGCAUGCAUGUUCAGGUUCUCACCAGGUUUUUAUGUUCCUCCACUCCUAUUGUGUACUGGUUUUCAGCUCACUUGCUUCUGGAUCAAGAACCGCUGCUGAGAUCCCUAGAGGCUGUGCCUGGGAAGCCUCCUGCAGGGCAUCCCCGACCAGGACAAAAGGUCCCCAGAAACUCUAUGAUGGGACUCUUGUACAACUGGAAAACUUGUUCUCUGGUCACACGAUGCAUCCUAGGCUACUUCGUGACUUACUGGCUCUUGGGACUACUCCUCCAUUGCAACUGGCUGCCUUGGACAUAACCUGGAGACCUAGGGGACAGGCCUGAAGCAGACGUAACCAGGGUCUGAAAGUACAAAUACACUCUGGGGCUGCCUGUGCUCCCUGGAAUCCUUACUCUGUCCAUUAGAACCUCUCUCUCUAGCUGAACAUUGGUUAGGAAUGGAAGAAGUGAAAGCCUCUAGAGAGCCCUUUCUGGUCCUUGCUGUGGUAAAUUUUAAAGUAGUAACUGGUUUCUCUAUAAAGGAAGAAAUCUUAUUCCAGAUCUGUGUUGUCAGUCAACCUUAGCAGAGAUAGUCUUAAGCUUACCACCUACCCACAUGUAAAUUUAAAUAUAAAUUUCAUCAAAGGCUCUAGCUGACAAGCUGGUCAUAGUCCACACAGUGAUGAUGAUGGAGGCCUGAACAGUGUAGCAGCAAUAGUAAGUAAAAUGGGACCAUCUUUUCCAAAUGGGAUGUUGUUUCUGAUGAGUUUUUUCAUGAUUUGUUCACUUAUUUAUAUGAAAAGUCUUACAAAGAUAUGCAAAUUAAACAACUUUUGUUUAUAUCUGUAA